AUGGCUCCCGCGGAGAAGCUGUCAGUGAAUUUGAAAAAGCGUUCGCAUUUCAAGUGGUGGUGUGUGAUUUUGUGUGGACGGUUGCACAAGAAGAUCAAUUUCGGGAUUCGAACAUAUCAUCAGCAGCACGCCAGAAAGCAGCAAGUGGAGAAUAAUAAUGCCAGCAGCAGCAGCAGCAGCAGUCGAAAGUGACAUGCGCAUGAUGCACACGCAUUUUAUUAUUGCAGCAGACGAGGACAGAGUUGAUGAAAAUCCGAGGGUCUCGGAGUCAUUAAAAAGAAUCUCGCGCAGCAUGCAUAUGUGUUGUUGUUGCUGGAAAUGAAAUUUCAAUCUCGCCCCGCA